UGCCCGGGCACAGCCCUGAGGGACACCCCUGCUCCCCGGGCUGCCGCGGCUCCUGGAGCCGCUGCCCACGAGCCCCCGGCACGGCCGUGCGGCCAAUUCCUCGUGCCCUGGGCAGCGCAGCCUGCAAAGCCGGGGCUCGGCACUGCGGGGCCGGGGCUGCCGUGUGCCAGCGGGGCCAAAGCCUCGCAGGGCUCGGGGCACAGCCGGGCCCGCCAGGACACCGCUCCGGGGAUGCUCCCAGCCAGCUCCUGCCCAAGCCCCCCGCAACCCGGGCUGGCUCUGUGCGCUCCGGCAGCCACGACGGGACUGGGGAACAGCUGGGGACUGGGCUUUGCCCACAGCUGAACCUGGAGAGCUGCGAGCUCUGCCCUGCACGCUGUUACAGCCACGGCAGGGAGCAGGCCCAGGAGGAAGGAGGAGCCUCUUUACCUUGAGCUUCCAUAGGGAAAGCUUAUUCGAGGUGGAGAGAGCAGGAUAAAAAAGAGCCCCUCACCCUCGUUUGCAAGGGGUUUUGCUCAGAUCCAAGUCAGGCAGUGGGUACUAACAGCGAAGCAACAGGGAAUCCUCAGGGCAGAAGUGAGGGGAUUACAGCAACACUGUGGGACAAUCAGGAUCGGGGGAGCAGAGGGAAAGGCACAGGGGCCAAUGGGGCAUCCUGGAUUAGGGGAUUUCCAAGUGAGGGUUUCAAUCAGGGGUUGGCCCAGGGGCUGAGUGGCAGGGAACAUUCAGGAAAAAGGGACAGGGUUACCUGGACAGGCAGGGAAGGGACUGGGACCAAGGGAGGGGAAUAACUUGAGGGACAGCUUUAAAGGGAGUGUACAACAUAGGGAAAAAAACAACUUGGGGAAGAUGUGGGGGGAUAACAGAAUGAACCAUUUAACAAUAACUUAAUGAAAUAAACACAAAUCGCAACAGGUUCCUGUGUGCUCCACUGCUGUUGGGGUUCCGGGGUGGCCCUUUGUGAUGUGGGACCUGGUGGUGGCCAGAGACCCUUGUGACAUCAGGGAGUUCCACCUGGGCUGAGGGUCUCCAAGGGGCGCGGAGCCCUGGGGUGCCCAGUUCCAGGAGAGCCGCUCUCUGAAGAGGACGCAGCUCCCUGGUUCUGUCUGCACCAGACGCCAACAGCGAUAGCGGCUGACAGUGACAGACAGCAACAGCGAGGAAGACAAAGACUGAGGAGGAGGAGAGACUCUUUGUCAAAAUGGGCCAAGAUCUUUCCCGGAGGGAAGACAUGGAAGCGACCAACCAGAGAGAAGUUCCAGGAGCCCAAGAAAUGUCCGGGCAGGGAAUGAGGAGCAGCCAAGAGCUGAACCAAGGCCAGAGUCCCACGGAGGCCGAGCCGGCAGCUGCUGCCCCAGCUGGAGAUACUGAGGAGGAGGAGGAGCCCCCUGAGGCUCUCCUGUCCCAAGGGGAAGAUUUGGGAAACCAAGAGCUGUUCCCUUGGGAGGAUGAUGUCAGCUCCAGUUCUUUGGAGAAGCCACUGGACUCAGUGAAGGAGGAGAAGAACACCCAGACUUGUUCCUCAUCCAGUGUCGAGGAGCUGUCCCAGGUCGAAGAGGUCAUCGAGCUCUCUCCAGGGGACAGCAAUAAUGAGCCAGAGCUGUCCUCAGUGGAAGAGGCAAUUGAGGACAUCCCAUGGGACAGCACAAGUGACCCGGAGCUGUCCCCAGUGGCAGAGGCCAUCAAGGUUGUUCCAGAGGACAGCACAAGGGACCUGGAGCUGUCCUCAGUGGAAGAGGCCAUCGAGAACAUUCCAGAGGACAGCACAAGUGACCAGGAGCUGUCCCCAGUGAAAGAUGCCAUCAAGGUUGUUCCAGAGGACAGCACAAGGGACGAGGAGCUGUCCUCAGUGGAAGAGGCCAUCGAGAACGUUCCAGAGGACAGCACAAGUGACCAGGAGCUGUCCUCAGUGGAAGAGGCCAUUGAUGAUAUUCCAUGGGACAGCACAAGUGACCCGGAGCUGUCCCCAGUGGAAGAGGCCAUCGAGAACGUUCCAGAGGACAGCACAAGUGACCAGGAGCUGUCCUCAGUGGAAGAGGCCAUCGAGAACAUUCCAGAGGACAGCACGAGUGACCAGGAGCUGUCCUCAGUGGAAGAGGCCAUUGAGAAUGUUCCAGAGGACAGCACAAGGGAUGAGGAGCUGUCCUCAGUGGAUGAGGACCUGGAGGGCAUUCCAGAGGACAGCAUGAGUGACCAGGAGCUGUCCUCAGUGGAAGAGGACAUCGAGGCUGUUCCAGAGCACAGCAUGAGUGACCAGGAGCUGUCCUCAGUGGAAGAGGACAUUGAGCUCCCUGAAGGGGACAGCACAAGAGAGGAGAAGCUGUCCCCUGUAGUAGAGGACAUCAUGGUCGUUUCCCGGCACAUCCCGACUGCUGAGGAGCAGUCCAAAGUGGAAGCGGCCAUCAAGCUCAGUCCCGAGGACAGCACGGCUCUUCCCCCAGAGGGGCCCAGCUCUGCCAGCCCCGUGGGCACAGAGGUGGCAGCAGAGGCAGUCCCUGCCCUGCCCAGCGCCUCUCCUGCCCCCGGCAGUCCCACGGAGGCCGAGCCGGCAGCUGCUGCCCCGUCCGGAGCUGCUGAGGAGGCAGCAGCGGGGUCAGUGCUGGCAAUGCAGGACAGGAGGGACGGCUCUGAUGAGGAAAACAAAUUUUGGCAAUUUUUGUAUGACCUGGAGCCUUUCCCGGAUGGAGACCCAGAGCUGUCCCAGGAAGCGUCCUGCUGUGAACAAUGCAGAGAGGAAGAUCUGCCCCAUGGGGAGGUCAGGAGUUACCACCAACUCUUUGACUCGGAAAAAUAUUUGGACCAAGACCUGUCCCAGGGAGAAGUCAGCAGCUCCCAGGGCCCCUCAGACUGGGAAGAAUGCAUUGAGCAAGUGCUGUCCGGAGGAGAUGUCAUCAGCUGUGCAGAACAUUCAGACUGGGAAGAAUAUCAUGCCCAAAAUGUGUCCAGUGAGAAUGGCAGAAGACCCUCAGGACUCUCCAGCUGGGAAAAUGACAGUGACACGAGGCUCAUGCAGGAGAACUGGCCUGAGCACGUCAUCUUGGCCAAGCCCUUGUGCCCCGAGGAUGAUGAGUGGGACGAGGUGAGCCUCCUGGAGCUGCCCCCAGAAGACAAGCAAGACCAGAAAUGGAAAGUUUUAGUGGCAGAGGGGCUCCCAGUGCCCGUCCCUCGGGAGGCCUGGGCUGAGUGCCCGGCACAGGAGCCGUGCAGCCAAGGGCCGGCGCCUGCCCCGCACAGCCCCCCCCAGCCCCUGGCCUGCCCGGCUGGGAGCCCAGGCCCUCCGCGGGCAGCCGGCUGCCCCCGGGAAACGUCCCUCCCGCUUCAGGCGGGCGCUGCGGGCGCUGCGGGGGCUGUUCCGCUGUCCCUGCCUCAGGCCACGGACCGAGGAGUAAAACGGACAUGGGAGAGGGUGACGAGGAUGAAGAGAAGGAAGGUGAACAUCAGGAAGAUGAAGAUGACUGCUCCUGCCAGUCCCACUCCUCUGUGUCGGAGCAGCAGCUGA